AUGGAAGGAGAGAUCAAGAACUUCACCAAGGUAUGGAUUGUAGCCAUUACAUGUUUGAGCUAUUGUUAUCUAAUAACAUCAAGAAUCCCAAAGGGUUUUUUAAGGCUCAUCUCCCUCCUCCCAAUCUUCUACCUCUUCAUCACUCUCCCUUUAAGCCUCUCCUCUUUCCAUUUCACUGGUGUCACCUCUUUCUUUCUCACAUGGCUUGCCAACUUCAAACUCCUCCUCUUUGCCUUUGGUCAAGGCCCCUUAUCUCAACCCAAUAAACUCUUCCAUUUCAUCUUGGUAGCUUCUCUUCCCAUCGAAAUAAAACCAAACCGACCCCCCAAAUCCGAAAAAGACAGAAACCCAUCUCCCCAAAUCUCCAAUCCAAUUCAAAUAUCACAUCAAGUUUCUAACUUUAUGAAACUAGUCAUCAAGAUUGUACUUCUAGCUAUGUUACUUCUAGUCUAUGACUAUUGUCAAUAUAUACAUCACUAUGCAAUCUUAGUCCUUCAUUGUUGCCAAGUGUAUCUUUCACUUGAAACUAUCCUAACCAUGAGUGCUACCCUAGCUUGUAUUUUUGGCUUUGAGGUCGAGCCACAAUUCAACAAGCCCUUUCUAGCCACCUCACUACAAAACUUUUGGGGCCAUAGAUGGGACCUGAUGGUCACAAGUAUUCUCGCCCACGUAUACAAUCCAGUACGACAUUAUUUAGCCAUAUAA